AUGACUAGCACAUCUCCGGUAAUUCUCAUUCUCGGAUCGGGUCCCAAUGUUGGGCAGCAUGUGGCUCGGGUCUUUGCUACAAAGGGCUACAAAGUUGCCAUUGCAUCUAGAAGCCGCAAAGAAGAAGAAAGCAGCGCGGACCAAGUCCACAUUCCCACCGACCUAUCGGAUCCUCAUUCAGUGAGAGGCGUCUUUUCGAAAGUCAAAGCUUCGCUCGGUCUGCCAAGUGUUGUUGUUUACAAUGCUGCUGCCGCGACUCGAAACGAUCCAGAGAACCCUCUGUCUCUUCCCUUGGCUGAUUUCAGUCGAGACUUCCAUAUCAACACGACCAGUGCGUUUGUCGCUGCUCAACAGGCAGCUUUAGGUUUCGAGCAACUUCCUAGCUCUGAGUCCAAGACAUUUAUCUACACUGGUAACAUACUCAACUCGACCACAAUUGCAAACCUUCUGGAUCUUGGUGUGGGUAAAUCUGCAACGGCUCACAUUAUCCGCUCUGCUGCUUCCGCGUACUCUAAUAGAGGCUUUAAAUUCUAUUAUGCCGAUGAGCGGAAGGCUGAUGGGGCUCCCGCAUACUCUGAGAUUAAUGGAGAGGCACAUGGAAAAUUCUAUGCUGAGCUCGCUGAGCACAAAUUCCAGGGUCCUUGGCAACAGACUUUUGUCAAGGACAUAGGAUACAAACACUUCCCAGCUGCUUGA